AGGUAGGUGCGCUGUAUUCCGUGCUGUUGCAGAUGGUCCAUCAUGGCGGUUGCGUCCAGUCCGGUAGAACAAACCGCAGCGGCUAAAACAGCGCCGCCAGUAGCCGCUGCUUUCGAUCUGUCCAACCCACCGGUCAUUGACGGCUUCACUCCUCUGCCCAGGCCCAGAGAAGAGGGUUUUAAAGACAAGUUCAUACGGAAAACCAAAGAAAACCCGUUUGUUCCUAUCGGUUGCCUGGGCACUGCAGGAGCGUUGAUCUACGGCCUCAGAGCCUUCAAACAGGGGAAGACUCGCCAAUCCCAGCUUCUCAUGCGCACUCGGAUCUUCGCCCAAGGAUUUACCGUCGUGGCCAUUAUAGUGGGCGUCGCCACAGCAGCACUAAAAUCCAGACCGUGAAGCGAGGGUUCAGAGUCCAAAUCUGGACACAGCCUUUCCUCACAGCCCAUGUGAGCUACAGACUGAUUUAUUAAAAAUAAAUAAAUAAAAUGUUUUUUUUUUUGGUUAUCUUUGGUCGAAGCCUUUUUAUGUGGAAUCUCACUGGAGAUAGUAAUGUUAUUAUUUCCUCCAUUUUAUACACUGUUCUUGUAAUAGAACGAGGAAUAUGGGGGACACGACAGGCCAGGAAUUAUAUUUGAUGAAAUCUGACUCGUUCACUUCACGCUAGCUAGCGUCAAAGCGCUCACGAUUUGAGAAUGCUAUGCAAAUGAAGUCUGACCUCUCACUCUGACCAAGCACCAAAAUCCAAACCUAAAUGAUUGCAGGGAUCAAAUCGUACGACCAUUAAGAUUUGGAAGAAAAGCUCUUUCAGACACUUGACCUUGCCCUUGUUUGGAUCGAAUCCUACAAACACACUAAGGGUAAAAAGUAGUUUAACUCGGAUUUCUGCGACACAGGUCUUUGUGUUUAUGUGGAAAAAAAACAUAACCCAUCCCCUUCUCAGUGGUGGAGGCUUAAACCACAGGGACAUGACGCUUGAGAGUGUGAAGUACGUGAUGUUGCUAAUAGUUUUAUAUAUAUAUAUAUAUAUAUAUAUAUAUAUAUAUAUAUAUAUAUAUAUAUAUAUAUGCAUAUAUAUGCUACUCAUUUGGAAUAAAUUUCUUUUUUCCCCAUGAGGCCUGUUUAAAAAAAUAUACAAGUGGAAUAAACAAUCUCAACCUUG